UUGUAAACAGAAGGUUCGUCCGUUGUAAAUAACAAUCUGGCAACAAGGCGUCACAGUUGGGUCUCGGAAAAUGGCGUCAGCUAAGUUUCUCGAGGAAGCUCUGAGUACAGAUGUUGAUGAAUCGGCCGUAAGUGCAAUCGUGGGCUCCUUGGAGAAUCAACUCGUCACAUCAACGCCUCCGGUGUCAUCUCAAACGGGCUCAGCCGUCGUGAUUAAUCAGAACCACGUAAAUAGUGCAAUAUCAAACGGCGGGACUGUAGCCCCGCAGAAACAUGGGACUAUAACCAACGGUGAUUCGAUCACGAACGAUGGAAACAAACAAGUGUCGAACAAUAGCAAUGCUAACGCGAUGAUAAUAAGCGGCAACGCGGGUCCAGUGACUACUACCUAUGUGAAUCAAAGUGCACCCGUAGACACAAACACGAAACCCCCGGAGGGGCAGAGCGUCAAAUUAGUGUACAGCCAAGGCCAGACCAAUCAAGUCAUGUCGUCCUCGGGUACGGCUAUACUCCAAAACCGAGUAACUCUUCCGAACGGUACCAUCAGCCUUCCACAACAAACGGUCCUUCAAACGGCCCCCACGAACGUCCAAAGCAUUCAAAAUAAACAGCAGACGCUCGUGUUGAAAACCAGCGGUGCACCAGGAGCGCCCGGACUGGUCACCGUACCGAUGAAUGUAGCUUCGUCCGUGGGCCAGGCUAAUAACGUAGGUAGCCCUAGCACGCAAUCCCCAAAUAUCCUUUCUAAUCUCCAGGUGGUCAAUGUGCGACCUGGAGUUCCUCAGCAGCAGAAAGGACAACCAGCUCGUGUAGUGCUAAGUGCACCUCAGUUAGUCGGGGCCCGUCCUGGGACUCCACAAUUAACCUUACAAAGCUUUCAUGGUUUACAACCCGGCCAGCAGGGAGCAUUGUUACUCAAGACUGAAAAUGGACAGUACCAGCUGCUCAGGGUGGGACCGGCUCCUGUCAACACCUCCCAAACCACAGGACCACAGGUUACUUUCCGCAUGCAGACCGUACAAACGACUACAACGGCACCUAAUCCUGCACAAGCCGGUGCCACAACGACCGUUUCAACUGCUUCACAAAGUGUUCAACAGGGACAAGUACAAGUACAGGUCCAGAGACCUGCAAACGAUAAUACCAAAGAAAAAUGUAGGAAAUUUCUCGCGAACCUCCUGGAAUUGUCGAGUAGGGAACCCAAAUCGGUGGAGCGGAGCGUUCGGCAGCUAAUCCAAGAGCUUAUCGAUAACAAGGUGGAACCCGAAGAUUUUUGCGACAAAUUAGAGCGGCUUCUAAACGCAUCCCCACAACCGUGCCUAAUAGGAUUUUUGAAGAAAAGCCUCCCGCUUCUGCGGCACUCUUUAGCCACGCAGGAGCUCAGCAUAGAGGGCAUCCGCCCGCCGCCCACGAACGCGGUCUUCACGAUAGCGGGCGCCUCGCCGACCGUACAAACCGUGAGGCCGGCGGGCAUACAGCCCAACCAGGUGCGCAUCGUGACGCCCGUCACCACCGUCGUACGACCCGGCCAAGUGAUACAACAACGUCUGGUGGCCCCGAUCAGGGCGCCGGCCCAACAAACCAGAAUGGUCACGUCCAUACGACAGCCCGCCAUAGCCAACAACGUGAUCGUAUCGACGUCUCAACCGCCUGCGUUGCAUCCGGUGUACCCGAACGGCCAGCAACCCGUCCGGACGGGGAUCAUUAGGCAACCGGUACAGGUUAGGACCUUAGCGCCCGGCCAGAUAAGGCCGCAAGUGCCCGUUCGAUCGGCGACGCCGUUGCAGAAGCAGGGCGGCGCCGUCAAGCAGCAGGGGAUUAAACCGUCAGUGCCUUCCACCGUUAAGCCAUUAGCCAAAGAAAAGGAGAAGAAGACGUUCUCGUCGGCGUACACGGGCGACGAUGACAUCAACGACGUGGCCGCCAUGGGCGGCGUCAACCUCAUGGAAGAAACCCAGAAGAUAUUGGGUUCCACCGAAUUCGUCGGCACCCAGAUUCGAUCGUGUAAAGAAGAAGUCAUGUGUUCGAUGCCACCUCUACAACAAAGGAUCCGCCUGGCGAUGAGCAAGCACGGCUUAGAAGAACCGAGUAACGACGUGGCCGCUUGCAUAUCGCACGCGGCGCAAGAGAGACUCAGAGAUCUGAUCGAGAAACUGUCGGUUAUUACAGAACAUCGGCUCGACACGUGCGUCAAAUACCAUCCGAAAUACGAAGUAACGAACGAUAUUAAAGGUCAAUUAAAGUUUCUGGAAGAGCUCGACAAGGCCGAACGGAAGCGACACGAAGAGAUGGAGCGCGAGGUGCUGUUGCGGGCGGCGAAGAGCCGAUCGCGAACCGAGGAUCCCGAACAGGCGAAGCUCAAGGCGAAGGCCAAGGAAAUGCAGCGAGUGGAAAUGGAGGAGUUGAGACAGCGAGAAGCCAACGCGACCGCCUUGCAGGCCAUCGGUCCCAGGAAAAAACCCCGGUUGGACGGUGACGUUUCCAACGCAUCGCAGCCUAACGCUACGGGUGUGGUCGGGGGGCCGAGGGGCCAGCUGCCGUUGCGGCAGCGCAUGAAGAAGGUGACGUUGCGCGAUCUCCAGUUCCUCUUCGAGACCGAACGGGACCUCUGCAAAAGUAAGCUCCUGUACAAGUCGUAUCUCAAGUGAUGCUCGCUCCAUCUCGUCUGUGUUGUGAUAAAUACGUGGGAACCUAGUGGGCCAUCUGUUGUUUAAAAAUUUUAUCGGGAAAAAAAAAUAAUAAAUAAUGGGGCGUAUGAAGCGUUUUCGAUGGGCUCGAAUCGCGGCGAUGCCGGAAAAGUGGUAGAAAAAAAAAUGGUAGUUGUUGUUUUUAAUUGGAACGUUGAUUAAAUCGAUUUUUUUAUUAUGAUUAUUUUGUGGUAUUACAUUGAUUUUUCUUAUAUGUUUUUUUUAGUGUUAAAAUUAUAUUUUUUUUAAACCGCGUUUUUUGGUAACUUUUUAUUCUUUAAGUAAACAUUCCGGAUAUAAUUAGAAGAUCUCGAAAAAAAUUCGGUAAAAAUUUUUUCCCACUUUUCCACAAAUUGAGUUCCUUGCGCUGAUUCCCCCCCGAAUAUUAUAUUUUAUUUUUUACAUAACGGACAAGACGAUAUCAGCACUUGAAAUAUUUUUAUAGCCGUGUUAUUGAAUAUAUUCGUUGUAGAGCUGGUUUCUUAAUCGAAUUUUGGCUUGCGUCGAUUUUAUGUGUUGUUUUUAAGUACAUCUAGUAAGAGUAAAACGGAAUUACGGCAAUCAAAGACGACUGAUAUUGCCGAUAUUUCACCCGAAAAUCGAUAUUACGUGUAAACAAAACUAAUUGCAAAUUUAUGGUUUGCUUUUGGUAUCGAUAUAUUAUCAGGUGACAAUUACAUAAAAUUCUUCGUGAUUUCUUUAACGGAACAAUAUCUGGUGAACGACGAAUCUUAUAAAAAACUAAUCAAACGAGCGAAAUAAUCGUUGUUUUGCAUCAAAACAAAAAAAAAGUGGUACAAGUGAUUGUUUGCAGCCUUUACAUAAGAAGCUUCGUAUUUUCUUACUUAUUGGUACUAAAAUGAUAAAGAUAAAGGGAAAAUGUUGAGGUUUUUUGUUAACGCAUUCAAGUAGGUGCCGGUUGGCCGUUCGGAAUUCUCAUCGUUGUCUCGUUAAAACAUUACUCAGAACGUUUCUACACAGUGCAAUAUAUUGCAGCAUUUAUUGCAGUAUAUUGCACCGGUGAAUACGCUCUAUGAGGUUAAUUUUAAUUAUAUUGGUUUUUCGUUAUUGCAUUAGUGGUCAAGGACAAAUUAGGUAGUUUUUAGUAGUGUCUAGUCAAUACUUGUCUUCUUUUCUAACAAAAAAAUCGACGAACUAGAGCUCUUUAAGUAAUUUACUUAAGAUAUAAUUAGUGUAAUCAUUAAUUAGAUCGGGUGAAACAUUCGAAACGUUCCUUGAUGUCUUUUUCAGAGGCUAAUACGUGUGUAUAAAGAAUAUCUAUCGUAUUGUACUUAACAAAAAAAAUGUAUAAUUUCCUCUAUAUUUAGGUUUGAAAAUUAGUUUAAAAAAUACGUGCCCCUUACUAACAAUUUUCUGUGAUAAAGAUUCUAAAAAAACUAAAAUCUAAUUCUUUAGUACCUUUCGUAAUUAAUUUGUUAUUAAUGUUAUGCGGCGUAGAAAGUUGUUUUCCCGAGGGCUUUUCACAACGAUGAGAAUUGUUUCCGAUGAGCGAACCUGUUGUUGAAGAUGUUGCCCAUCUUCUUUUUUGUAAUAUAAAAAAAUGAAUAAGAAAAGAAAUAUCAAAAAGUUUUUCUACAAUGAUUCUGUAAAUAAUGUAGAUUUUUCUAAAUAACAAUUGUCGAUUUUUCUUUAUAAGAAAAUCUUUUAAAAGGAAAGGUAAUGUUAAAAAAACCUUGUAAUUAGUUGUAUAAUUGUUUUUUUUU